GUUUGAUAAUGCUUGUUGAGCGUGCAAAACAGUCAGUUCGUUUUGUUUGUUUUGUUUUGUCAGUUUGUUCUGCAAAUUAUUAUCUCAGGCGUUCACGCGGAAAGGUUCCUUGCGUUAUCAAUAAAUUAUUUGAAUGUUAUAAUUAUGGCUGCGAUAGCCCUCCAACCGACUGUUCGAUUACCGAAACAAUGCCGUGCUUGCCUAGCCCAGGAUAACGACGAUCUGGUUUCGGUGCAGCUUAUACAAGAAGGUGUCACCAUUAGGCAAAUGAUUCAGGAGUUGACGGGAAUAGAGGUUUCAGCUAACAAAAAUCUACCUCAAAAUGUAUGCUUGAUGUGCUUGGACCGGCUCCGGAAUGCUUACAAAUUGCGUCUUCAGUUUCUCGAAUCAGAGCAAAUACUUUGCGACCCCACAGAACGUAUCUGUUCAACCAUCGAACAAAAGGCUAAUGAAACGGGAAUACCUGGAAUAGUUCAACUGGAAAUUCAAACUUUGGUCAGUAACGAAUCGAACGAAUAUGACAAAAUGGAUAGACGAAGAGGCCACCUAUCGGAGUUCGACCAAAUGUCAUCGAAUUUGACCGAAGAAGAAAAUUCGCCAAUGGGGGUCGAAACGAGACAUCAGACCAGGGAGGGAAAGUUAUAUCUCGAACACGAGCUGAUUGAUUAUGAAGUUCUGUCUCAAACGGAUUUUUAUAACCACAUAAGGUUCCACCCCUAUCCAUGCUGCGGCUGCUAUGAGCGCUUUUCGGACCGAAACGAGCUUUAUAUGCAUGGGUUGCAGGUCCAUGCAUCGCCACAGGACUCUGAACAAGGAAUUUCUACUGAGGAAUGUCCUGUUUGUUUCAAAAAAUUUGUAAAUCGCCAAGCGGUUUUGAAUCAUCGAAAUAUCCUCGAUGGAAAUCGAUUCCACUGCAUGGAGUGUGAUGUUUUGCUGGAAACUCGAAAACUUAUGUUAGAGCAUAUAGAGCACAAUCAUGCGGUAGAAGUGUAUGAAGAUGAGUUGUCUAAAUAUGAUGGUGAAGAUUUGGAAGAUUUCCACGCUGAGAACAACUGGGUGUCUCGAAAUGACUCAAAUUAUGGCCUUCUGGAACCGUUGUCGCUUCUUUGUUGUGGGUGUAAUGAGGUAUUCAGUGCACGUAAAGACCUUGAAGAACAUUCAAGGAAGGUCCACUUACCGAAUAAAACAACGAACGAGAAAGCACUAGACCUAUUUCCUAUCGAGUGUAGUAUCUGCUACGAACGUUUUGACAACGAUAUACAUCUGUUUUUACAUCGAGUCGCACCUUACAAACAAAAUAUCGAAGAUUCAAAAGAAGAUAUUCGCAAAAAAACGUUGUCACCGCCCUGUCGUGGAUGUAAAGAGUUGUUCCAUACGUACGAAGACAUUCAGAAGAAUUCACAAGUCCACUAUGCAAGAAAGAUAGCAAACCUCUUUGAAGGAAUGGUACCGCGUAAAUUUUGCUUCGAGUGCAUUACCUGCUACGAACGUUUUGACAAACAAUGGUUUCUGAUGCUGCAUCGAAUUGCACGUUACACACCUCUCAAUGAUUCGAUUGAAUUUGAAAUCGACAUAUCUCCAAAGGACGAAACUCCUGAGAUGUUUAAAUCGGAGGUAUUGAGUAUUGCCGCGGUUGGAUUGGAUGAACAAUCAGAAAACGAACAAGAAAUAGAAUUUAUUGAAGAUUUUUCUGAUAACAAGCAAGAACGAUUCGACAGCGAUAACUUUGAUAAAUCUGAUGAAUAUCUUCACUCGGAUGACGACGAGGCGACGGGGAUAUCUUUUGUAGAAACGAGAGCCAACAAAUAUUUGCCAACGAGACAGCGGAAAGAAAUGGGAAGAGUUCCCGGAAAUGUUCUUCGGAUUGUGGAACAACUGAAAGGCUACAAUAUAGUCGAAAUAUUAAAGGAGCGCUGUUGUUUUUGCUUGAAAUUUUUCGACUCUGUAGAAGUGCUCGAUUUGCAUGUGGUUCAACAUCAUCGAGUUUCGUUGAACGAAAUCGGUGAGAAUCCUGUCAGAUAUCAGUGUGAGUAUUGUUUACGAAAUUUUAAUAUCGCCCUGUUGUACGUGGUACACAAACGAAUCCGUGAACAGAAGCAGUUUUACCAAUGUAGGUUGUGCGAUUUCGUUAUUGACAAUGUGUCACGGCUCAAGAAUCACAUGCUCCACAAUGAACAGCACGCCAAAUAUUUCAACUUGGUGCGACACGACGUUAGCGAUCAGUAUGAGAUUGUACAAAUGCCUGGAAAACGCUGUUGUGGAUGCGACAACUAUUUCGACAAUACCGAUUCCCUUGCUGAGCAUUCUUUGAUUGAGCACCCUAGAGAUCCUUUGAAAGAUUCCUUGAAAAGAACUGUUGCUUGCAAGAUUUGUGAUAAACGCUUCUACACCAAAACAGAGAUGGAAGUUCAUCAAAAAAAACAAGGAUCUACCACGCGCUUCAAUUGCAAGUUGUGUGACUUCAGUACUCCGAGUAAAGCGAGAAUGUUGAAGCAUCUAUACAGUUCUAUCCACAAUCAAGCUCUUUCAGAAAUUCAAGUGAAGGAUAUAAAAAGUAAUAUCAAUAAAGCGGGGACAUUAUAUUACUGUUGUUUCGAAGGCUGCAAGCUGGCGUUUCAUACUACUAAACUAUUCAAUGAUCAUAUUGAAAAAGCACAUAGCAAACAAAAAGCUCAAAAUAUUGCCGAUUUUGGAGCAGUAGCUUCUGAUCGCUUACAAUGUGAGCAUUGUUUCCGUGUGUUUCGGACAUUAACGCACCUCAAGCAACAUCGUCUGCAUGAUAAAAUGCCAAAAAAGUUCGUGUGCGCUCAGUGCGGUAUCUCAAAAUCCAGCAAGGCUUCGUUGAAGGUGCACGAAAUGCUACAUACGGGAGAGAGACCUUACCAUUGCAAAAUUUGCGAUAAACGAUUCACAUCACAAACGAUACUUUCGUCACAUCUGAAAUGUCACGCCCCUAAACAGUAUCAGUGCAACGAUUGUGGAGAAAAGUUCGCUCGAGGGGAAAAUUUAAAACGCCAUAUCCGACAUCGUCAUGCAGAGGCCACUUUCAGCUGCAACUAUUGCCCAAGGAAAAUGAAAACUCGCGAAGCGCAGCUACAACACGAACGAUCGCAUACAGGCGAAAAACCAUUCGAGUGCAGAACCGCGGGUUGUAGUAAACGAUACGCCAGCAUAACCGAUCGAAGGCGGCACGAAAUGCUCAACCAUACCGGGGAGCGGCCCCACUGUUGUUCUUUCUGUAGCGCCUCGUUUGUACGCAAGCGACAACUGACUGUCCACGAACGGAAGCAUACCGGGGAGCGCCCGUUCGCCUGCCAACGGUGCGGCAAAAGCUUCAUCGAUGCACCACAGUUGAAGAAACACACCUGUUACGAAUCUGUUAAAAAUCAAAGUAUCCCACCAGCGCUUUUAGACGUCUUGUUUUCUCUCCCUUUUGAAAUGUUACGCGAGGUACCGAUACCGACGCUGACCACCACGGGUAAACAAACAAAAAUCAUCAUUCAUCGCUUUUUUUUGUGGGUUAAGUAUAAAGUCGUAAGAAGUAUGCAGGCGGAAUGUCGGUUUUGUACGAGUACGGGGGUCGCAGUUAAACUACAUAGUGAAGCCGACGUCGCUACAGAAGCCUCAACCAAAUCCACAUGGGCAGAUAUAAUAUUCGAGUUGGCCGCUGUCCAGAUAACGCCGAGCGAUGAGGACAAUGACGACGUACUCUGCUUGAAAGAAUGCGUCCCAAGGCUCAGAGAUUAUGUCUUAUUCAGGCAGCAGAUUCAAAAAGUGGAAGCCACCAGAAAUAUGAAGAGACAUCCGAGAUCAGAAGAGGGCUACGAUAUGGAAUAUCUGGAUGAUGAACAAGAAAUGUGUGACAAACAUGGAGCUCACAUCGAAGAGCCGUCCGACGAGACUAGACUAGAUGGUGAACGUAUGAAUUUAUCUAACGAACUAAUUUUGACUCAAAUGCAUUUUGAUAAUUUCGACUAUUUCGAAUUUGCCGGCGUCCACUGUUGUGGUUGCGACACUAUCGCUAGAAAUGAAGAUGAACUGCUUGUCCAUGCUGGGAAUGUUCAUCGCCCGAGAACGGAAUCAAUACAUUCACCUUAUUGCAGCGUCUGUAAGCACUCUUUCCCAGCAACAGAAGAUGUCGAAAGACAUCGCAACCAGUUUUCACAAAACAUAAUUUUCUAUUGUAAAUUAUGUCAGCGCCGGUUUAUGGGCAAGGAAGCUUUCACCAGUCACAUCGAGGAUAGCCUGCAUCGGACUCAAGACGAUCAAACAAAGCAUGCAGACCUUGACAACACUUGUGAUGUGUUAGGUUUAGAAGUGAGCAGUGAACAAAUUGUCGUACCACCACCUGUCGAGGGUCAGGAAGUGGAAAUAGAGUACUGCGAUCUGAACUACGAUAAGUCUAAAGAAAACAUAGGUCUUCCAGAUCCUAAACUUAUUAGUGGCACUGAAGACCAGGACCAUUACCAGAUCAUAUUUGUGGAAGAUGCUGAACGCUGUUGUGUAUGUGGAAUUUUCUUUCAAACUUAUGAGGCGUUAUUAGAUCAUGCACGUUUUGAGCAUCAUAAUGGUGUACAAUUCGGUAUUGGGCAAGAUAAAAACAUGUGCGAAAUUUGUCAUGUUUCCUUUAAAAUGCCCAGUGCUUUGAACGCCCAUCGAACCCACAGUCGGUUUACUAAACGGAUGUAUCACUGCAAAAUAUGUCAGCAAACUUACAAUCGCAAGUUUCAUUUGAUAAGACAUUUCAAAUCAACUCCGACCCACCACGAUGCACUACCUUCUGUUCUGGAAUCCUUCGGAGAACCGCAGUACAAACCAUCAACAUUGAAUAAAAAUGGGGAUGCAUUUGCGUGUUGCUUUUUGAAAUGUUCACUCCUAUUCAAUUGCGAAUCUGAUCUGGCCAAUCACGUACUAGAAAAUCAUGCACCACGUCGAAAACUGAACGAUGCUGAAAGGACGUGCAACGAUUUCCUUUGUCCCGUUUGUUUACGAUCCUUUUCAUCUCAAAAACUGUUACAGUUUCAUAGGAAUCGUUCUUUGAAGAAAAGGCACAUCUGUAGCUUUUGUGCCAAAUCAUUUCUAAUCCCAAGCGAACUACACGAGCACGAACUUCUGGUUCAUUCCGAGAACAUACAGCGGCAUCUCUGCGAUAUCUGUCACAAGGCUUUUCGCACAGUACAGCUCAUGAAAAAUCAUCGACAGACUCACAAACAAGAACGGAACUUCGGAUGCAACCAAUGCAGUGCUUCGUUUCAAUUUCGAUUUCAACUUCGCAAACACAUGAACGCCGUCCACCCGACCAGUUUUCCGUACGAAUGUAGCUUCUGCGAGAAGAAAUUCUCCACUAAAAGCAAACAUGACCUACACCGGCGAUCACACACGGGAGAACGACCAUAUCACUGCCGCUUUGAACCCUGCACAAAAAAGUUUUCCCAUGUCACAGAUCGCAAGCGCCACGAGAUGGGAGUGCACACCGGCGAAAGGCCAUAUCGAUGCGAGCACUGCCCUGCAGCCUACAUUCGCAAAAGGGAAUUAGUGCUGCACGGUCAGAAGCACUGUUAAAUGUUAAAUAUUAAUAAAGGCUUUCUCUAUACCAUUUCCCAACUCUAUUUUUACAAGCUCUUGAUAUAUUUCGUUCGCGCAGGAAAUAUCUUAUUCUUUACUGAACAAACAGUUGCCACAGCAAAAGCAGAUGAUAACUUAAAAGGUUUUAUAAAAACUCAGCACUUCUGAACUUCGUAUUGAUAACUAUUGAACUGAGAACACCUAGGAAUGACUAUAAUUACUUCGUUCAUGAACGAUAGGUUACUGCGCAGUUGCUCGAGAGCUCACAAGAAAAUCUCUUCCUUACAUAUUUCUGAAAUCCUUCAACGAUUCGUUCAGCAUGAUGACAUCCGGAUUUUCUUGCUCGAAUCGAGUCGGUUCAUGUUCACGUUCGUCAUCACGCCACUCGCCAAAGUUCUGUUUCAUCACGUCGGGUUGCCGGUUCUGUUCCUCUUCCUCACGCUGCGCAUUCGUUCAAGAGUGUAUGUAUCAUGUCAUCGGAGUAUGGUCCAGUCAGAAAUUGUCGGAUGAAGGAGAAUCGAAUGGUGUAGGGUAAAAUU